AUUGUUCAAGAUGCGAUCCCAGCUAACUAUCUUCCUUGCCAUCGCGGCUUUCGUUUCGACUGCCUGGGCACUGACUUCUCCCGCCACGGUCACUGUUUCAUCGGUCACUGUUUCAUCGGUCACUAUUCCAUCGGUCACUAUUCCUUCGGUCACUAUUCCGACCACUGAUACAGACACGUCCACCACUUCGCCUUCGGCAACCGGAAGCAGCACCACCGUGACUCCCACCACCAAGAAACCAAAGAAGAAGGCUACCGUUGUCCACUACAAGAAGAAGACCCACAAGUCGAACCGACGCCGCAAGUUCCGCCACUCACGUGAUGGAAAGAGGAAGAACCGAUCGAGUUGGGAAUAAGAAGGACAUCUCGUUUGGAACACCGCAGACCCUGAAGAUCUACAUGAACGACCCACACGCACCUUGUUAAUCCUAAUGUUACUUUACUCUUAUUAAGUUCGCAAUAUUUAAAUAAAAACAUAUUUAAAAUUUUUUGUUU